AUGAAAGAAUCAGUAUCGGCUUAUCUGAAAACUGAAUCAGAUUCACUUAAAGAUCAUCCUCCUAGCAAAUUUAAGUAAAACAUAAUAUAAAAUAACCAACGAAUUCUCAAUGGUAAGAAAGUGACUUACUUGAACAUUAAAAAACAUAGUCAAUAAAAUUAGAAAGAUGCUUGGAAGUAAAUGUUUGGCAAUUUCCUACACGAUAUAAACUUAAAACAAAAAAAGAAACACUUUUCUCCUGAGGCCAAAGAAGUACCUAUUUUUAAUAUGAUUUUAGCAUCUCUAAGAUCCAUUAGUAAAUGAAAUUCCUAUUCUAAUCCCUUGUACUAAUUAGUAAUUCAAGUUAGAGUUCUAUAAGUAUCUUGAAGGAGAAUAAUCAAUUCAGUAAUUAAUGGAAGUAAUUAAUUUUCCUCAUGUUAAUUUUGUAUAUCAAUCUAUUAUAUUCUAAACUAGAAGUAAAUUGAGGAUUCUAAAACUCUAUAGAGAAAAUUGUCAAUAGUCUAAAAAAUAAAAAAAUUUAAAAAUCAUGGAUUCACUCAAACUAAUGACUAAACUCCUUUAUUAGAUAUAAACAGCUCAACAAGACAACUUAAGGCACAUCAAAUACGUCUGGUUGAUCAAAGAAGAUUUACUGAAGCUGGAAAAUUAUUAGAAAUUUUUAAAACUAAAAUAAAUAAAAAGAUUUAGGUUUUGAGAGAUUUUGUUUAAUAAAGAGUAUUAGUAAAAUAUAAUUUUAUAGAUUGAUUUGAGAAAAUCCUUAAAUAAAGAACAAAGAGAAGAAGAUAUUAGAAAUAUUCAUUUUAUUAAGACAUUUUUUGACAUCACUAACGAUUAUAAUUAACAUAUAUAAUAACAAUAAGAAGAACUUAAAGAUGAUGCAUAAUAUUAUAAAAAAUUAGUACCAUCUCAACGGAAAUUAAAAUAAUUAUUAGUAAAUUAUGAUAAUGUGUAACCAAUAAUUAAACAUUAAGAAAAACAUUUUGAUAAAUUUGAUAAUCCUUCUUUGGGUAUGUUAAAAAAUUAAAUGAAUUAAUAUUCUAAAGAUUAUUUAUUGGAAUUAGAAUAAUAAAAAUAAAUUUAAUUUAAAUUAGCUCUAAAUUAAGUAAGAAAACUAUUGGAAUAACAAAAUAUUAAAUUUUAAUCUGAAUUAAGAAAAUCAAAAAUUAAAAGCAAUUAAAAUUCUAUAUCAUAAUCACCACUCAUAGCAAAAUAAUUAGAUUAUUAAUACUAAAGUAUUUAAAAAUUAUCAGCUGAUUAUCCUUUGGAUGUUAUUGUGGCUAGUCCUAAACAUCAUCGUAAUUAAUAUUAAUCAGUUUGCUAAUUGUAGGAUUCUAUUUCUGAUCCAAGAAAAAGAAAAUAAUAUAUUAUUACAAAAAAACCUUUUUACCUAUUUACAAAAUAAGUAGAGGCUAAUAAAAAUUUGAAAAAUUCUAGAGGUCUUAUAACUAAUUUUGAUGUUAAAUUAUAUGAUUAUAUUAACAAUAGAAAUAUUUAUACAUUGAAUAAAUAGUAUGAUAUAUUAUUUUAUCUUAGGGUUAAAGAGAUGACUCAGAAAUUUCAUACAAUGGUUGAAAGUGAGCAUGAAUAGAACUUAAAUUAAUAAUUAGAAACAUAUUUAAAUCAAUUAAAAAUUAGAAAAUUGAAAUAUCGUUAAUAUGGAUCUUUAGAAGCUUAAAAAAGAAUACAAACCCAAAAAUAAACAGAUGAGAUUUCAGAUGAUUAAUCACUUUAAUCAAUAUAUGAAGUUAAUCUUGAUGUUUUAUAUGAUCAAUCCAAUUAAUUAACUAAAAAGUUAAAAGAAAAAAAUGAUGCUGGAUUUGCUAAAAGAAUAAAACAAUUGAUUAGAUUAGAAGAAGUGAAUUCGUAAAGAUAUAUUAUUAAUGUUUAGAUAAUGCCUUAAAACAAAUCUAUAGAAGCUGAACAAAUCUUAGAAUUCAUUAAAUAAUUGA